AUGAGGCUUCUGGGAAGACUGUUGUGGGUGCUGAGCUUCGUGGGGGCCGCCCUGGAGGGCUCUUCCGCCCUCCGCUGGAACAGCACCUCCUGCCACCUGGCCAGGUCCAGCCCCGGCAGCCCUUCGGGGUCCCUCAGCUUCCUGGGCAAGGAUGCGCGGGGACUGGCUCUGGUCCAUGCCCGCUGGGAUGGGCGCGGGAGGCUGCGGGCUUGUCGCCGGCAGGAGGAGCCGGAGCUCACCGCAGCCUUCAGCGCCCUCUGCGCCGGCGAGAUCUCCCGGGACUUCUUCGUGCACAGCCCGGGCCCCGAGCUGCAGAGAGCCCUGUCCGCCCUCCAGAGGCAGCGGGGGGCCUGCCCGCCGUCUCCGUCUCCCGGGGGGCCAGCGGGAGUGAGGGAGAAGCGAGCGGUAGGGCAGCGUGGACCCCCCGGCGCGGGGCAGCCGCGGGAGAAGAGAGGCUGGACCAUGCCUGGCACACUGUGGUGUGGAGUCGGGGACUCUGCCGGGAACUCCACGGAGCUGGGUGUCUUCCGGGGCCCCGACCUCUGCUGCCGGGAGCAUGACCACUGCCCACAGACCAUCUCGCCUUUCCAGUACAACUACGGCAUCCAAAACUACCGCUUCCACACCAUCUCUCACUGCGACUGCGAUGCCAGGUUCCGGCAGUGCCUGCAGAACCAGCAGGACUCCGUCUCAGACCUCGUGGGCGUGGCUUUCUUCAAUGUGCUGGAGACCCCCUGCUUUGUGCUGGAGGAGCAGGAGGCGUGCGUGGCCUGGUACUGGUGGGGCGGGUGUAGGACCUACGGCUCCAUCCCCAUCGCCCGCCUCCAGCCGAAGACCCUCUACAAUGCCUCGUGGCGCUCCCCAGCCAUGGCCCUGACUCCCAGCGCCCCGAGCCCAGCCCCCAGCAAGCCGCGACAGAAGCAGCGCCCUUGGAAGUGGCCACUGCAGCGGGAAGGAUCCCAGCACCCCAGCAAAGGCAAUGCCGCCGCCCUCCAGGCCCCCGAGGCCUCCCCCAGGCCCGAUCUGGCCCCCGCAGCCUGGCUGGAGGUCACCCAUUCGGGCCAUCAGGGGCCUCCGGGUGCCCUAAAACCUCAGGUCGCCCGCCAGGCCUGCCACAGCUUCCGCCACCUGGACAAGUGUGAGCACCAGAUCGGGCCCCGGGAGACCAAGUUCCAGCUGCACAACGGCGCCCCAGAGCCGCUCUUCCACUGCAACUGCACGCGCCGACUAGCACGAUCCCUGAGGCGCCACAGCCCACCCACAGGUGCCAACCUGCUCUGGGAGCUGCUGGGCACGACCUGCUUCAAGCUGGCCCCGCCCCUGGACUGUGCUGAGAGGAAAGACUGUUCCAGGGGCCCCAGGGCCAUCAAGGUGUCGGCUCGGCACUUAAAGCGACUUCAGCGGAGGAGACUCGGGGGCACAGGCACAGAGGGGGGGCAGGCCCGGCCUUCGGAGCCCCCAAAGGCCCCCCUGUCAUUCUUUGACCGGUGCCUGCAGCAGACCCAGGCAGCCUGAGGACCCAAGAGCUGCAGACAUCCUGGAACCAGGGACGUCGGUUCCAGCUUUCACGGCCCGGACUGGACCUUGCCCGUGGCUUUGCUAGGCCCCGGGGGUCUCGGCCUCUUUUCCAUGUGUUACCCUGAAGUGUGGCCCGGGCUCUUAGGAGGGGGCCGAGGCCCAAACACUGGACUAUGUCUCCUGCUGUGCUGGGUGACCUUGGGCUGGUGACCCAACCCCUCUGUGCUUGGACUGUGGUAUUCAGGAGGCUCAUUCUGAUGCCCUGGGUUUGGACCUUGCCAGGGCACUUCACUCCAGAUGGGAAUGGGGCAGGGGUAAUGAGUGGCAGCAGCCUCGGAGGUACUGGGAGGAGGCAGCAGGCAGGGAAUGAGGGAUGCCACAGAAGUGCCUGUGUCUGAAUCCAAGAUCGGGGGCACUAGAGGACUUCCCAGCUCCCCUCCUCCCGGGAGACCCCUUCUCUGAACAGCUGCUGGCCCACUCACUCUGCCCUGACCCUGAAUUCCAAUCUCCCCUGUGCCUUUGAGCAAGGGGCCUCCUCCCCAAACCUGAGCCUUGGUUUUCUCCUUAAAAAAGAGCAGGAUAAACAGGACCUACCUACCUCAGAGGGUUGUUGAGGGUUAUGUGAGCCGAUGCAUGGCCAGCGCUUAGGACCUAGUAAAUAUCCCCUCCCUCCAACGCACGGCCAAACUGUGCCCGGGUGCCUGAUUUUGAGAGGCCGCACGCAACCUCUUGGAGGCCUCAGUUUGCUCACCUGUGAAAUGGGACUAAGCUGCUCUGGACUCAACACCACAACUCAGGGCUGUGGUGCGA